CAACUUAGUUCCCUCACAGUCUGCUCACAGUACUAUCUUGACCAGUGAUCCCUAUUACAAUAACUUUCGCAACUUCAAACACUUCUUACAGUAAUACUUUCCAUGGAGAACCUACAGGGCUUGUCACCACAAAACCAAAAUGUAUCAGCAGAAGAGGAGUCAAAGCGGAAGGCAGCUGAAGAUGAAAUGCGCAGGGAUAUGAUGGCGACUAUCCUCGAUGGUGCUGCCCGAGAGCGAUUGUCCCGCAUCGCCCUUGUGAGCCCGGAUAGAUCACGUCAGAUCGAGACUAUCAUUAUGCGGAUGGCUCAGACAGGACAGCUGCGAGGACGUGUGAGCGAGCAGCAGUUAAUCGACCUUCUUGAUCAGAUGGAGGACGCACGGUCCAAGACAACUACGAAGACAACGAUAGUGUACCAGCGCAGGCGAGACUUUGAUGAUGAUGAUUUUUAGAUGCUUUAUUGAUGUACUCUCUCUCGUUGCUUUGAUAUCGCGAUAUCAUAUCAUUCAUUAUCACCUCAGUAAUCCUACCCCCGUUAGUGCCCUGUCCUCGCCACUUCCAAUACUGCAAUACCUGUCGCCGGUCUCUCCUGUCAAGAAUUUGUCUCUACUGUCCGUAGUGCCAACAGGAGUACAAGCUGGACCUUUCUGUUGCCACUGAUCACCAUGUAUACUGAUUCGUGCCGAAACAUCGUGACAUGGUUGCCUAAGAAGC